GGGCGCCCCACCCAGCAGGGCGGCCCCACUCACGUGACCCGCAGUUCCCUGCCUUAGCAACCGCCCGGCGCGGCGCCUGUCGCUGGGGUCGGGGCUCUGCGCCCGCCAUGCCCGCGCGCGCGCUGGUGACGCUCCGGUUCGGCCCCUACCGGAGCUGCGGGGUGUUGGAGCACAGGCCCUUCCGCCUGCAGGGCCUGCAAGCUGUGUUGCAAGCAGAGGGUCACCAACUUAUUCUAGAAAAGAUACCAGAUUGGAAUAAUGUAGAACUCGUAGUGAAUGGAGAGACUGUUUUCCAGUGCAACGUUAAUGACCUGGACUUUGGCUGUGAAUUCUCAGGACUCUAUCACAGCCAUGGCAAGAAUUACCACUGGUAAAAGAGUGUAAUUUAAUGGAAUUCAAUGCCUUGGAGAGGACUAGCAAAAGGUCCAAUUAUAAUGUAACUUACUGAAGAUGGAGCCAGGGAUGGUGCAUGGCCCUUACUUCCAAAUCUAUAUACGCAGUAACAUUUGGAGUGUGUAUAUUGCACCUCGUAAUAUUAAAUGGGC